AUGCCCAGUGCGAAAGAACCCCCAUUGCCACCAGAGAUCCUUGCCCGAGUGGAGAGUUUGAAUAAUGGUGCCACUGCCACUGCAGAGGAUUGGAAAUCUAUUGGCAACGCCUGUUUUGCCCACGGCUGUCAUCUCAGCGCUAUACGAUACUACAGUGAAGCCAUUGAAAAAGGUGAGGAUUCAGCUAUUCUUCGCAGUAAUAGAAGUGCCGCCUACUUAAAGUCUCCCAUGUUUGCCGGCCCCUCACUGGCGUUAAAAGAUGCGGAGAGGGCUGUUGAACUAGAUGCUGGUUGGUAUAAGGCUCAUCUCCGCAUUGGGGAUGCGCAGUUUGCCCGUAAAAAGUAUGAAGAAGCGAAAACGGCUUAUCAAAAGGCGUUGGAGUUGAAUAGCAACUGUGAGGCGGCAACGGAGUCACUUCGUCUGGUGGAGCGUGAGAUCUUUCUACGCUCACUAGAUGAACAAGAAAAAGAACGAAAGAAGAGGAAACAACAACAAGAACAAGAAGGAGAAGAAUAUGAAGAAGAAGAAGAUGAAGAAGGGGAAAUGCCACUUCGUAAAGGAAAUCCAUCCGAUUGGUCUGCCAACUCCACUAUGAGUGGAAUGAAUAUGACUGCCUCUACAAAGUCCGGCGGUGAGAAACCACCCACACUGGAGGAGGAAGUCCAACGGAAUAUUCAUCUCUGGGCAAAAGAUACUAUUACAUAUGAAGAUCGAACAGCCAUGCGUGCAUUUAAUGCCCGUAUUGAAGAAGCAGAUCGACAAACCGGCGUCGCUUACAAAAAUGCACUUCUCUCGAAGUUUCGGGGUAAACUGAACGCAGAGGAUACACUUCGUCGUACUGUGGCCGAACGACACGAACAAGAAAUGCGGGUGGGUGAAGGCAUUGACUACCGCAAUGCUGACAACUACCGUUCAAUGUAUAUGAAGGGAACAGAUGGAGUUGGUUUGGGUAUCUCCACAGAUGCGUAUAAGUCUUACAAGUAUGAAAGUAAGAUGUGGUAA